AUGGCAGCCAUCAGCACCUGCCCCUCUGUGGCGGCGCGCCGCUCCACCGCUGCCGGAAGCGUGCCAGCCAGCCGCGCCCAGCGCACCGGCGCCGUCGCUCGCCUGGGCGCCGCCGCCCGCCCCGCCGCGGCUGCCGCUGGCCUGCGCCGCCCCCGCCGCGCGUACAUCGCGCCGCGCGCGGACGUCAACGCCGACGCAUUCGGGGCCCCGCGGAUGCGCGCCCCUGCAGCUUCCGAUGCGGCGUCGCGCGCCAGGGAGCCCUCAGUCCGCCAGUUUGACUUUGUCGUCGUCGGCUCCGGCAUUGCGGGGCUGUCGUACGCGCUCAAGGUCGCCCCCUACGGCAAGGUGGCGGUGAUAACGAAGGACGGUGCCUCAGAGGGCUGCACGCGCUACGCGCAGGGCGGCGUGUGCGCCGUUCUUGACCCACUCGACUCUAUUGAGAAGCACGCGCGCGACACCAUGGUGGCGGGCGCCUUCCUGAACGACCCCAAGGCCGUCGACGUGGUGUGCCGCGAGGGCCCCGCGCGCGUGCUCGAGCUGGUGCAGCUCGGCGCAGACUUCACGCGCAACGGCGACGGCUCCCUGCACCUGACCCGCGAGGGCGGCCACAGCGACCGCCGCAUCGUGCAUGCGGCUGACCUGACGGGCGCGGAGAUCGAGCGCGCGCUGCUGGCGGCGGCGCGGGCGACGGGGAACGUCGAGUUUUUUGAGCACCACCUGGCGGUGGAUCUGGUCACAGAUGAGGUCGACGGCGCCCCCCACUGCUUUGGCGUGGACGUCCUGGACACGCGCGGUCACAAGAUGUGCCGCUUCCUGUCCCUCGCGACGAUGCUCGCCAGCGGCGGCGCGGGGCAGGUGUACCCCAACACCACCAACCCCCAAGUCGCGACCGGUGACGGGAUCGCCAUGGCCUACCGCGCCGGCGCCGCUGUCAGCAACAUGGAAUUCGUGCAGUUCCACCCGACAGCCCUCUACUCGCCGCCGCGCGCCGACGGCGGCGGCGACGCGGGGCGCACGUUCCUCAUCAGCGAGGCUGUCCGCGGGGAGGGCGGCGUGCUGCUCAACACGCGCGGCGAGCGCUUCAUGCCGUCGUACGACGAGCGGCUGGAGCUCGCGCCCCGCGACGUGGUGGCGCGCGCGAUUCAAGACCAGAUGACCUCGACCGCCUCAGAUCACGUGUGGCUCGACAUCAGCCACAAGCCCGCGGCCGACCUCCUGCACCACUUCCCAAACAUCGCGGCGCGCUGCAAAGAGGAGGGGAUUGACAUCACGCGGGACCCGAUCCCGGUGCUGCCCGCGCAGCACUACACCUGCGGCGGCGUCUCGGCUGGUCUCCGCGGCGAGACGGGGGUGCAGGGCCUGUACGCGUGCGGCGAGGUCGCGUGCAGCGGCCUGCACGGCGCCAACCGGCUCGCAUCCAACUCGCUGCUGGAGGGGCUCGUGUUUGCCGACCGCGCGGCGGGUCCGAGCGUGGCGCACGCGGAGUAUGCGCUGCGCCGCUGCGGCCGGCAGCUGCACUACGCCGCCGCCAGCGCAGACUUCAGCGGCGCCCGCGCCGCGCGGCCACUCGCGGGGCCCGUGCGCCAGUGGGCGGCCGCCAAGCGCGCCGAGCUGCGGGGCGCGAUGUGGCGCGCGGCCGGCAUUGUGCGGCGGCGGCGGGAGCUCUCCGAGGCGCACGCGGCGGUGUCUGCGCUGUCGGCCGAGGUGUCGGCCGUUAUGGCCGGCCACGGCGUGGCGGCCGGGCUGGUAGAGCUCUCCAACCUGGCCACAUGCGGGGAGCUGAUCCUGUCGUGCGCACUGCAGCGCAGGGAGAGCCGCGGCGGCCACUACAUGCCGGAGUUCCCGGCGCCGGCGCCGGGCGCCCCGCGGCCGUCGGUCGCAGCGCUGCCACGCGGCGGCGCGGGCGGCGUGUCGGGCGGCGGUGGCGCCGCGAGCGCCGGGGCGGGCGCUGGCGGCCCAGCGCCGAAGAAGAAGCUCAAGCGGUCUCAGAUCGUCCAGCGCGAUCUGGCCGUCAGGUCUACGCCGCAGGACCAGCAGUGA